AUGAAGACGUGCAUAUCCUACAAUUCGCUGAAGAGGAAGAUUACGUCCAGGACUCUAAAAGGGCAUGUCCUAGCAAAUUGUCUGACAACUUGGGCAUUGCUGGGUGAGGUUUCUCUCCAAAUCACUUGUCCUGUGACACCAGUAUUCAUCUUCAAGGAGUGGAUGUUGGAAUGUGUUAACCGAGUAUCAUUGGAGCAAUUUGAGAAGUUCAUGAUGUUCUUAUGGGCCUUGUGGACGAAUAGAAAUGCGGUUUUGUGGGAGGCGAAACCACGAUUGCCAACAGAUAUAGCGAUUGCCACGAUGAGAUGGUUCAAUGAAUACAAACUUGUACACGCCUCGUCUAUUCCAGGAGUGAAGGGGAUUCAAAGGUGGACUAGUCCGGCUGAGCAUGUGUUGAAAUGCAAUAUUGAUGGGAGCUAUAAUUAUCAUCGGAGGAAAGGUGGAGUGGGAUGUGUCCUUCGUGAUCACAAGGGAGAAUUUUGGGCUGCUCUGACGAAAGUGGUACAUAAUGCCAAUUUCGCAUUCCAGGUUGAGCUUUUGGCCUUAAAAGCUGCAGUCCAGUUUGCUAUAUCACUGCACCAUGAACCGGUACAGUUUGAAACUGAUUGUUUACAACUGAUCCAAACUAUCAAUGCGGAGGAUGAAGAUGCUUCAAUCUGUGGUCAUGUUAUAAAUGAAUUCAGAGCAAUGUUUAGCAAUUAUCCUAUGUUUUCUCUAGCUCAUGUUAAUCGUCGAGCAAACAAUGUGGCUCAUAAUCUUGCUUGUACGACUCCUCAUUCAGAGCUCUCUCAUUCUUGGUUUUUGUAUGCUCUUGAAUUUAUAAGGGAUGCCAUCUUAAGCGAUAUUCAUCACUAA